GGGCAAUUCCUGAUCAUAGUCCAGUACUUACUGUCCACAAUGUCUAUGUUUGACAAGUUCAAGAAAGGUGCGCAGAAAGCUGGCCUUCAAGCGACGAGCUUCGUCAUGGAUAGCUCGUCAAAAGUCGCCACUGGAUCAAGAGACUUUGUACAAGGAUUCGGUUUGCCAGGAGAAGCAGAGAAGGCGGCUAAGAUCCUAGACAGCUUCUUGGCUGACCCUGAUCACCCUGAAUCUGCGUUGAACUCUAUCCCAAAGGCUGUCUUACAGCGUGCGCGAGGACUUGCCGUGUUCCAAGUCAUCAAGGCUGGAUUUGUUUUCUCUGGUAAAGCUGGCUCGGGAAUCGUCAUUGCACGACUUCCCGAUGGCUCUUGGUCGGCCCCUUCAUGCAUAGCUACAGGAGGUCUUGGCUGGGGUUUACAAAUUGGCGCAGAUAUAACGGAUUUUGUGGUUGUGCUCAAUAGCGAGGAUGCAGUCAGGGCGUUCUCAAUCGGCGGUAAUGUCACGAUUGGCGGGAAUAUCAGCGCUGCUGCGGGCCCUAUUGGUACAGGAGGAAGUGUACAGGCAAGCUUGGCGCACCCAGCACCAAUGUUCUCUUAUUCCAAAUCAAAGGGUCUCUUUGCUGGCCUGUCUUUGGAAGGAACAGUUUUGAUUCAAAGGGCAGAUGCUAACCGCGAGUUCUAUGGAUCCAAUGUCCCUGCCCGCGAUAUUCUUGGUGGCCGAGUACCUCCACCUGAAGUAGCUUCCCGGCUUUAUGAAAUCAUAGAGGCUGCAGAAGGCUUAGACGAAUCUGGAGUUCCGGAAGCUGCGUACGUUCCCACUGCCACCGGUGAACACAUGGGAGUAGGAGGCAUGGGGGGCCAUCACACUGUAUUCGACGCUGAGGGGCAGUAAAUGCUAGUUUUCAGGAGGCUUUGGAGAGGAAGACAUGACAAGUUGGCUGCUGUAUACGAUAACGAAAGUCCUAACGUCUAGUGAUGUUUUUCAUUGUUUGCAUAUUUCCUUAAAUCUUUUACUGUAGUAAGAAAGUUCAGAUUCACCUAUGACUGGGACUCAAUGCCCCCAUUCUCUUCUGUGAGACCAAGUACAUAUCUCCGAUAGCCAAUAAAUGUAGCCGUUGCUU